AGGUCAUGCUUGCACAAGCCCUGAAAAUAGCAGGUGCAUUGCUGCAGGCCCGCAAUGAAGAACAUCAAGGUUUGAAGAUUCUUGAUUGGCAAGGCUUUCUACACCUUACCAACAGCAUGCUGGAACAGGUCCAGCAGGUCCAGCAAAGUUGUCAAAGAAAAGUGCAGCUGGACGAGCACGUUGGUGUCGAAAUUCAAGCUGGGCUAUUGGCCAUUACCUACAGCCAAACAAAAUCGAUCAUCGAGGAAUUUCAUCAAAAGUGUUUGUUGCAGACGAAGCAAACGCUGGAGCAAGAACGGUGGGAGCGCACUGAUGUGCCAGUCCAGUACAAGAAAAUCUUGGAGACUGAUAUCCUUGGCCACCCAGAGGCUGGUGAGCAAGGUAGCGAAGAUGGCAAUCCGCCUGUGGAGCGAUACCUUCACGUUGAAGGUAGCCACUACUUGGUGGUCCCUGCGGUGCUGACGCUUUUGCAGCUAUUGGCAGAGUACAUUCGGCUUUGCCGCGACUUCAGUGACAUGACCGCUGAGGUGGUGCAGCGAAUGUGUCAGCUGCUUCGGCUCUUCAAUCAAAGAGCUCAGCGUUUGGUACUCGAUGGACAAGCUGUCCACCACAAGGUGCUGCCCAACAUAAAAGCAGCCAAUCUUGCCUUGAGCAGCCAGUGUUGUGGCCUGAUGGCGCAAGUUCUGCCGCUCCUGCAAUCCCGGCUCAAUGCUGUAGCUGGCAGUCAGAGCACUCACAAUGCCCAGACCGCUGCCAAAGGAGCACUGGUUGUGGCUUUGCUCAGUGAUCUCUCAAAGAUAGCCUCCGAAUUUGCCGAGCAUCGCGGUGCACUGUUUGGAAAGCUCAGUGACCUUUUACGAGUUCACUAUGAAAAGCACUCUCAGCGAUGGCUGAAAGUGCCUCACUCCGAUUGCCCAGACAUUUGGAAGGGAGAUGCGAUGGCAACUCUGCGAAGUGAGUCAGCAUUGGGCGAGCAUGAGUCGUUGGAGGGCCUGAUGAAGGAUAUCACUGCGAUGUACCGCGUGCUGUUGCGGAAUCUGAACUACGAUAGUGUAAGGAAAAUCUUCGCACGUGCUUUCGAGGAGAUAGCUUCUUCCUUUCGGCGGAGGCUUGAGCAAGAUCUGCCUGCACCUUCACCACCAUAUUCUGAGAGUUUGGGUCGUUCUCUCGGAGACCGUUUGCUGUUGGAUUUUGCAUACCUCUACAGGGAGCUGGGGACAUUGACGGGCAUCACAACACCUCUCCAGCGCCUCCUUUGUGAUUUGGUCCAGCAUCUUCAGACAAAGCUUCCUGAAGAUCCGCCGAAAAAGAUCCAUCCAGCUGUGCUUGAGGCUCUGCACAGAGCUGGUCGACUGCCACAAUAGAGCUCGAAGUGAACAAGCUGGAUGUUUGUACAGACAAGAAGAGGCAGUUG